CGGUGUCUUACCUGCAAAUCGGUGAUAGGCACAGACAGAGAGAGUUGAGAGAGGGAGAGAGAGAAGAAGAGAGGGUCGAGAGAGGCCUUUCACUCUUUCAACAGGCCAGCUCCCAGAGCAGCAAGGGCCAUCCUUAUCGCCAGAGACUCUUACAUCUGCUGUCUACAGAGAGGCGAACACACACACACACACACACACACACACACACACACACACACACACACACACACACACACACACACACACACACACACACACACACACACACACACACACACUUGCUUUACAGGACCUCCAACACUCUCGAGUAAUAUCCCUCAAGUGUGUAAGGAAGGAAAUGAGCGAAAACAGGCCAGGCAAGGAAAGGGAAAGAACGUCUUAUUAAAGUCAAAUAAAAGGAAAGCCAAGGAGCAAAGGGAGGACCGACAAGUGUACAGGAGGAGCGAGGAGUGAGGAGGUGAGGAGGUGAGGGUGCACAGCGGACAGCAUGGCCUGUCAGGCGUUCACCAGCGACUCCUUCACCACGCUGGCCACCGGAGACUCUUCCCUGCCUCUCCUCAUGCACCACGCCUCGGCUGGUGACUGCCUUCCGCCCCCCUCGCACGGACACAACAUGAUGUCCACAGUACCCUCUGGCCUGUCCCUGGUGCAGUCCUCCAAGCACUCCCACAUGCACCUCGCCACCUCCGCCCUCGGCAACGCUCUUAGCAAUGGACCCCCUGCCCUGCACUACCCCGUAACCCCGUGUCACUAUGGCAACCAGCAGGCCACCUACGGCAUGAUGGCAGCACAGGAGAUGCUCUCAGCCAGUAUUUCCCAGACCCGAAUACUACAGACCUGCAGUGUCCCUCACCCUAACAUGGUUAGCGGAGCAAAUACACUACAAGGUUCCCUAGCUCCUUGCUUGUAUAAGUUUCCAGAACAUGGAGGUCUGAGCAGCGGCUCUUGCACCUUGAACCACGGUUUCCCCUCCCUGCCGCCAGCCUUGCUCUCAGACGAGCUUCACGUCCUAGGGGACGUGAAGGCCUGUGCAGACCUCCAAAGAAGAACCGGUUCCAGACCCCCUGAAGAACACCCCACUGUGGACUCGCCCCAGAUCAGAGAGCUGGAGAGGUUUGCCAAUGACUUCAAGCUGCGCAGGAUCAAACUGGGAUACACCCAGACCAACGUGGGUGAGGCUUUGGCAGCUGUGCACGGCUCCGAGUUCAGUCAGACCACCAUCUGUCGCUUCGAGAACCUCCAGCUCAGCUUCAAGAACGCCUGCAAGCUGAAGGCCAUUCUGGCUAAAUGGCUGGUGGAGGCCGAACAGGCUGGUGCCCUAUAUAAUGAGAAGAUGGGCAUGAAUGAACGCAAGAGGAAGCGCAGAACCACUAUCAGUAUGGGAGCAAAGGAGGCUUUGGAGCGCAGCUUCAUGGAGAAGAGCAAGCCCUCUUCACAGGAGAUCCUGCGCAUGGCUGAGGGACUGCACCUGGAGAAGGAGGUCGUCCGCGUGUGGUUCUGUAACCGCCGGCAACGGGAGAAGCGAGUGAAGACGAGCCUCCACCUUAGCUGCUACCUGUCUAAAGAGAGCCAAGGCUGUAGGUAGCAACACAUGAGGCAUAGAAAAGGGAAGUAUAAAACAUGGCGUAUAGUGGCAGGGUUUCAAUGCUCACUGGGUAAUGCAUUGUAUGUCCCAUUUCACUUUUUUGGGGAAAAAAUACUAGCCCUACGAAUUCAUUUGGCGACCAAUUUCACGUAGAUAAUAGCCUAUCAAGCUAGGAUCUACCAUCAAAAUCAUGUGAUAAUAAGUGGUUUUGGUAAAGGAAUGUGCUCAGGAACGUCAUCAAAUCAGCACUCGAUUUUUAUCCUAAAUACAAAUGCUAAAUUGGUUUUCCAAUCCAGCCAAGUGUGGGGAAAAUCAAAGAAAUUCACCCGAGAAUUGCAACGUAAUCCGAAGGGGACGCCACUUCACUCUCCAUCCCUAUUGUUUUUAAACAGCAGCUAAUAGCCUCAUCUGAGGCCACCUUGUUUGCGGCCGUCAUGUUUAAAAUACUCUCUAUAUGUUUGGUAGGCCUAUUUUAAGAUGUAAUUAUGUAUAGAAAGACUCCUUCAAUGCUUUUAGUUUUCUGAAUGUGUAUGCAAAAUAUACAUUUAAUCUGAAAUGUUAGCAGGAAACCAGGUGGGGGCAGCAAACACCCACAUAUGGCAAUGCUGCAUCGUUGUGCCUUUAUCAAAUUCUACAAAUACUAUGUCAAACCUGUGUUUCAACUAACAUUUUUGAGAAGCUAGGAUACUACUUUUUAGAGAGAAGUGAAAGAUAUACAACACUCUACGCCUUUAUGACUUUGAUGUGACUUUGACAUAAUAUAUUUUACUAUUUAAUCUUGUACUUUAUAUUUUUAUCCCAACAGAUUUACACUCCUGUUUGACUUUGUGAUUCAGAAGUUCCAAGGCUACCUCUUUACGAAUAAUUGAAAAAGAAAAUACAAGUGUAGUGUCUUUUAUAUCAAGUGCCUAUGAUGCUCUGUUGAAGAAAUUUGGAAUUGUUUUCAGAAAAAAAAUCUGAUGUACGCUAUGACAAUCUAUUUAUUUGAUAUAUAAUAUAUUGCAUCGAACCAUUCCUAUUGCGUGCUUUCUUGUAUUUAUUGACUGAUUGAUUGUAGUGGAAUGGUGAUCUGAGGGAAUGUUCUGCCACGCUUGACAGGAGAGAUCUAAAUAAAUGAUUUGUUGCCACGACGACAAGACAGAGAUUACAGCAGGCAGGCAGUCAGGUAUGUCUGACCUGGAUUUUGAUUUGAUUGAUACAAACCACAUGUCACAAGUUCAACACUACAAUAUACAAUACAAUACAACUAGAGACCAGUGAUGUGUCCUUCUUGGCAGAACUAGUUUUCUCGUUCUUCUGUGAACACCAACAAUGUCUUUUUGUAUGUGUUGCAUUUUUUUUUUUUUAUCCCUCUGUAGAUUUCCCUCAUAAAGCAACUGCGUUGAUGUAUUUGUGGAUGUCAUGAUGAUUAAAUAAAAAAUAAAAAUGUUGGAUGAUGAAGGAUUCAAUUCAACCGUGUUCCCCCUGCACCCACGUCUUGAAGGUACCCAUGAAUAAAUGCAUUAAAGAAAGGAGAUAUUUUUAUGGGACAUUCCCAUAUGAGCCGUUAUAACUGGGGUAUCAUACAUUAAUAAUGUUUCCUUCAUAAAAUAUAGGGGAGACCCAAAGUCAGACACACACUGUUGUGCAUCUGUAAAACAAACCACCUCAAAAACAUGCACGUUAACACCCCUGGCCUGCCCAUAAGCAAGGCAAGUGCACUACCCCCUGGAGUUGGUUCCUGGGUGCUGCUCUUGUGAGGCAGGCAGCCAAUUGCUCAUAGCUCCUAGCAUAGGAUGGGUUAAUGCACAGAAUGAUAGUCCUCAUGGGUAUUUACAAGGAUAUCGUAUCAAGGUGUUGCAGGAGGUACAGGCCCCAUUGGGGAAACAUGCACAUCACUGGUAGCUACCGCAGCGACUUACAGUACAGCGACAAGAAAGGACAGACCAGCAAAUUGUACAUGAAGAAGUUUUAUUCUUUAUAAAAGCCAUAAACCCUUAAUAGAGUCACUGUACAAUGGCAUAGGACCGUACAUACAGUAGUUUACAAGGAAAGUAAAAUACAAAUAAUAUAAUGAUAGUUACAUUUCAAUCAAGACAGCCCCCAAGCUGUUUCCAGUUUCAACAUAAGGUCUGGGCUAUUACUGCAGUAGUCCCUUCUGCUGCGCAACAGUGUGGGGGACGGCAGUGAUGUCCUUGAGGCUUAUAAUGUACAGAAUCCAAUAUACAAUGUACAACGCCAGACACAUGCAGUCUCAUCAUCGUUGAAUUUGGCAAAAGAAAAAUAAAUAAACGAAAGCAACAUCCCAGGGAAUUGAGGAACACCCAUAUCUAUGUAUUUCUUGUCUGUGUAACCAUUUCCUCAUUAUAUACCAUCCAAAAAAAAC